AUGGAUAUGUUCCAUAGCCACCAACAGCGUAGAGCAACAAAUUCUUUGCAAGAUAGGGUGUUGCUGGUUCGGCCUAUUCCAACGGCGUCCCGGUUUACAUGGGUGACCCAUUUUUGGAAAGAAGUAUCCGAGCAUCUGGUCACUAGCCAACAUAGCACCUUUUGGUGUCCGGGAACGGCUGGCUCAACUGCAUCUCAAGAUAAGCGUAUCGUCCGCCGUCAAGUAGACGUGGUGAUCAUCAAGUCCCACUCGACAAUUCAACUGUCAACAACCGACUCAGUUGCUUUAUCGCCGACUGGGUUGUGCAACUUCACAUAA